GGGCUGCGGGACACCCACCAGCAUCACUCCCCGUGUGAGGUGGCAAAUGCAACAUGCUGUCCAGCUUGGGGUGUCUCCUUCUCUGUGGAAGUUUUGCACUAGCCCUGGGAAAUGCACAGAAAUUGCCAAAAGGUAAAAGGCCGAGCCUGAAAGUCCACAUCAACACCACAAGUGACUCUAUCUUCUUGAAGUUCCUUCGUCCAAACCCGAAUGUAAAACUGGAAGGUUUUCUUCUGGGAUAUGGCAGCAAUUUAUCACCAAAUCAGUACUUCCCUCUUCCCUCGGAAGGGAAAUACACCGAGGCGGUAGUCGAUGCAGAGCCUAAAUAUCUGAUUGUCGUUCGACCUGCUCCUCCACCAAGUCAAAAGAAGUCAUGCUCAGGCAAAACACGCUCUCGCAAGCCUCUCCAGCUGGUGGUUGGCACUCUGACACCAAGCUCUGUCUUCCUGUCCUGGGGUUUCCUCAUUAACCCACACCAUGACUGGACAUUGCCGAGCCACUGUCCCAAUGACAGAGUUUAUACAAUUCGCUAUAGAGAAAAGGAUAAGGAAAAGAAAUGGAUUUUUCAACUCUGUCCAGCCACUGAAACAAUUGUAGAAAAUCUGAAGCCCAACACGGUUUAUGAAUUCGGAGUGAAAGACAAUAUAGAAGGUGGAAUAUGGAGUAAGAUUUUCAACCACAAGACUAUUAUUGGAAGUAUAAACAAAGUAAAUGGGAAAAUUCAAAGUACCUAUGACCAAGCAAACACAGUGCCAGCAUAUGUCCCAAGGAAGCUGAUCCCAAUAACAAUCAUCAAGCAAGUGAUUCAGAAUGUUACCCACAGAGCUUCAAUUAAAUCCCCAGAUAGGACUCCCAUUGGAGGAACAAUACUGGUCCACCUUGUUAUUCCUGGUCUUAAUGAAACCACCGUAAAACUUCCUACAUCCAUAAUGUUUGAGAUUUCAGAUGCAAUCAAGACACAAUUAGCUAAGAAUGAAACCUUGGCAUUACCAGCUGAAUCUAAAACACCAAAGGUAGAAAAAAUCCCAGCACAGCCCAUAACAGUGACUCCUGACUCGGUUCCAGGAACCACUAAAUCCACUGUGUCUAGUGCAUUAGAUAUUUCAGAAACAACACUGGUUCUCAGCGAAAAGACCCCGGAAAGAUCGCAAACUAUUCUAAUACCUAGGUUUGAGUUACCACUGAGCACUCUAGCUUCGAGUGAAAAGCCAUGGAUUGCACCUAUAACUAAAACAUCUGAAGAUUCCAAAGUUUUACCACCUCAAACUGCAGCUUAUGAUGUUUUCUCAAGCCCUACAACGUCAGAUGAGCCUGAAAUAUCAGAGCCCCACACAGCAACAAGGGAUCCAUUUCUGGAUUCUGUCCCACCUAAAACUUCUAGAACUCUUGAACAGCCAAGGGCAACACUGGCUCCAAGUGAAACGCCGUUUAUUCCUCAAAAACUGGAAAUCAUUACCAGUCCUGAAAUGCAACCUACAACACCUGCUCCCCUGCAAACUACACCUAAACGACGCUUCAGGCCCAAACCACCAAGAACCAAGCCUGAAAGAACCAAAAGUCCUGGAACAACUACUUCUAAACUUUCUAAGAGCCCUGAACCUACAUGGACCACACUGGCUCCCAGUAAAACACAAUUUAUUUCUUUGAAACCUAAAAUCCCUCUGGGCCCAGAAGUGACACACAUCAAACCUGCCCCGGAACCUCUGACUCCAACACCAUCACAGUCAACAAUAGGUAAUGAAGUUUCUGUUAAACUUGGAACACUGGAAACCAAACCUUCAACAACAACAUUAGCUCCACCAAAGACCAGACGACCAGGUCGUCGCCCCCGCCCUAAAACCACACGUAGUCCAGAUGUGCCCAAGUCCAAACCCGCGCUGCAACCUGCUACGGUACAACCGGAGCUCUGGGUGCCCACAGUCGCAUCAAAACCAUCCAAAAGACCUAAAACCACACACAGACCAGACGGACCUCAAACCCAGCCUGAUUCAAAACCACCAAAGCAAUUACUUCCUAAACCCCAAACCACAGCAAAGCCAGAUAUGCCAUCAACUAAACCCGGCUUUGAGCCUGUUACAUCGGAGGCCGGAGCUCCCUCCAUAACCAUAGUUCCUGCCACAGACAUUGAACCUGAAACUCUGAGAACUGAGGCUCCCUGGACAACAUUAGCUCCAAAAACAUCAAAACAACCAAGAACACGUCCUCGGCGUCCCAAACCUUCAAAACGUCCAAAACCUCCAAAACAUCCCAAACAUGAAACCACGCCGAGCCCAGAGGCACCUGCGACCGCACUAGACAUUGAACCUGUCACUCCUGGGACAUCUUUAGCUCCAACAACAACAAAGAGACCCCGUCGUCCACAUCCCAAACCUAAAAAAACCACACCCCAUCCAGAAGUACCUCAGAUUCCACUGGCUCCCAAGCAGACAGCGCGCACUCCUCCCAAAGCAAGAACAUCUCCACAUCCAAGAGUCCCUCAGACACAGCCAGCUCCUAGGGUGUUCCAGCGUGUUACUUCAAAGCCGAAAAUGUCACCAAAGCCAGAAGUGUCAUACACUCCACCUGUUCCAGGAGAGGUGCUCCUUCCCCAUAAACCAGACCACGAAGGCUCUCAGAGCGAACCUGCUCCUUCAGACACCCGAAGCAGCCCUUUCAUUCCUAUGAUUUCACCAAGUUCUAGUCAAGAGGAACUACAAACCACUCUGGCAGAAACAGACCAAGCCACCCAAGAGCUCUUCACAACUAGGAUUCCACGAACAACUGAAUUGGCAAAGACAACUCGGGCACCACGCAGAUUGUACACCACUCCUGUGAGGCCCAAAACACCAGAAAAAACAGACAUCAGACCUGUUCUGAAUAAAACAACUACAAGACCUACUAGACUCAAACCCAGUGGGAUGCCCAAAGGGAAUGAAAUGGGAACAGGGGUCAAGCAACCACCAAAGCCAUCGGGCGCUGGUAGAAAUGUGUCCAUGGACUCUACCCACUUCACAAAAAAACCAGGCACUCGCCGUCCACCCUUGCCACCUAGACCUACACCCCCUCGAAGAAAACCAUUGCCACCAAAUAAUGUCACUGGAAAGCCAGGAAGUGCAGGGAUCAUUUCAUCAGGCCUAGGAACUUCCACACUCCCGAGGGCAACACUCAGGCCGACUGGACCCACCUCAGAGAGAACAGAGACAGACAAAAAGGAACCAACAGCUCCCGCCUCAGGAGAAGAUCUUGGUGAUAUAACUGACUUUAGCUCAAGUCCAACAAGAGAAACUGAUCCUCUUGGGAAACUCAGAUACAUAGGGCCUCAUGUGCGAUACAUUCAGAAGCCCGAUGACAGGCCCUGCUCCAUCACCGACUCCAUCAAACGGUUCCCCAAAGAGGAGCCCGCAGAGGGGAACGCCACCAGCCCGCCGCAGAACCCACCCUCCAACCUCACCGUGGUCACCGUGGAAGGGUGCCCCUCCUUUGUCAUCCUGGACUGGGAAAAGCCGCUCAAUGACACUGUCACUGAAUAUGAAGUUAUAUCCAGAGAAAAUGGGUCAUUCAGUGGGAAGAACAAGUCCAUUCAAAUUACAAAUCAAACCUUCUCCACAGUAGAAAAUCUAAAGCCAAACACAAGCUAUGAAUUCCAGGUGAAACCAAAAAACCCACUUGGGGAAGGCCCACCCAGCAACACAGUGGCAUUCAGUACUGAAUCAGCGGAUCCGAGAGUGAGCGAGCCAGUUUCUGGAGGAAGAGAUGCCAUCUGGACAGAAAGACCCUUUGAUUCAGACUCUUACUCAGAAUGUAAAGGCAAACAGUAUGUCAAAAGGACUUGGUAUAAAAAGUUUGUAGGGGUGCAGCUAUGCAACUCUCUUAGAUACAAGAUUUAUCUGAGCGACUCCCUCGCAGGAAAAUUUUAUAACAUAGGCGAUCAGAGAGGCCAUGGAGAAGAUCAUUGCCAAUUUGUGGACUCGUUUUUAGAUGGACGCACAGGACAGCAACUGACUUCUGAGCAGUUACCCACAAAAGAAGGAUAUUUCAGAGCAGUUCGCCAGGAACCUGUCCAAUUUGGAGAAAUUGGUGGUCACACCCAAAUCAAUUACGUUCAGUGGUAUGAAUGUGGGACCACAAUUCCUGGAAAAUGGUAGAUGCUGCAAUUGUGUUCACAAGUGCCUUGUUUCAUCGUGGCAAAAAAUAAUUGCAAGCACUAUGGUAUUUGUCACAUCCAUUUAAAGCUGUUCUGUUUACUAUGUGUAAAAGUUUAAAAUCUAAUUGAUAGCAAUAUUAGAUGUUUAUUAGAAAAAUUGCUGAGAAUAUUUAUCAGGUUUUAAAAAGUCAUUUUAAUAAAGCAAGGUAUUAACAGAGUAACAUUUUUCUGGGGAAGCUGGCUCCCUGUUCAUGGUAUUUUAAGAGAUUUUUUGUAUAUUAUUUAUCACAAUGUUGUAAUGUUUUGAGAUACUUUUAUAGCAAAAUUAACAUCAAAAACUAAUAUACUUUUAAAAAAAUGUUUACUUUUAUUAAUGUGUAUUCUUCCUACUGGUGAGUUAAUUCCAUAAAUCUCUCUUUGGUUUAACUUAUUAGAUCAGAUUAACUUCAGCAUAUAUAUCUGGGGAUAAAAUUCACAUGUCUACUUAAACUUCAGUUUUUUACCAAUAGUUGAAUAACUUUUCUGAAUGUUUAAACAUUCAUGUGAAUAUACAUUUCCUCAAAUAUUUGUAAAUUAUUAAAAAGGUUUAGUUUCAAUAAGCACAUUUCAUUUCAGCUAAAAAUAGAAUUGAGAAUGACUUACUAUACUCAUAAUUAUAUAUUACAAUAUCUGAAUAUACUUUAUCAAACUAUCCCUUCAAGCAACUGUCUUUGUAUUGUUUUUAAUAUAAUUCUAAACAAGCUGUAUGAAGAAACUGAAUGUGAAGUCUGAGCACAAAAAGAUAACACAUGAUGAGAAUGCUACCAUUUUACAGGAUAUUUACUACAUUUUUACACAUAAGACUUGUAGGAAUGAAUGUAUCAGAAGAUGUUUUCAUAGUCCAACUUAACCUGUACUGACUCAGACUCGUUUUUAUUUAAAAAGGAAUUUUCCUCAUUUGGAGAGGGAGGUGGGAAUGCUGCAUUGUUGCCCUCAUUCUGAGAGGACCCUUUCAACAUGCUUCAAUUUUAUCAAUGCUACAUUCUGUACUUUUCAAACAAGUAGAAGCUGCAAUAAAGAGAUUAGUGUUUUUUUAAGGCUGAGUUCUUUCUUUCUAAAUGACUCAUCUCUAUAAGGAAAAUUAUUCACGAUUUACCAAAACCCCCUUGUAUCUUUUAAUACUGUACCUUUUAUAUUUAUGUAUUAUGCUAAUCUAUCUUCCUGUGACAUCAAUUUUAAAGUUUCACUGUUUUAAGCCAA